UCGAAUUUGCUAUAUGUAUACAUCGUAGAGGCUAGAAUCCUGCCUGGCUAGAACUCGAUGGGCAACUGCCUAUCGGGGUACAAUUGAGCCAGAUAAGUAAUAUAAGAACCAAAACGUAGUGUUAACACCUGGAUUCAACAGAGCUCAGGCUGAAGGCCGGUAUUGCUCCCACACACAUCCGAGCAUCCCGAAAAUCAACUCAAUAGAAAACUCGGGUUUCCGGAAGUCCUAUCACUGAGCAUUGCUGGAUGUCUUCGGGGUCACAGUGCGCCAUGUCCGGUCAUCAUAACGCGUUCACAAUGGCUACUCCGCGAUUCUGGGUGAAUGGGAAUUCGGCGCACCGCAAAAGCGGACCUGGAACGUUAUUAUGCAUCGAAGGGCACUUACAAUAUGUGGUUCCUGACGGCCCUAGCACUUACCAUGGUCGUCUUAUCUUCCCCGGGGAUUUCGAAAGACGGUGCGACGAAUAUGCCGCCCUCCCUUGGUCUAACCAUACCGCUUCUCCGUACUGAAUAUGCACCUACCCACGUUGGAGACACGAGGCUGGGACUCAAGGUGGCCAUGCUUCAAGGAAACAUCUAUACACAGCAAAGCCUACCACUGAUGCUGAGAAGGCCACAACUAGUGAAAGGAUUCGCGGAGAAAUGCAGCUUUAAAGACACGUCAUCUACGUUCACAUUUGAAACCUCGCAUGGCUUAGGAUAUCUCAUUUUGGGUUGCCGUGUGGUUUGCGUGGCGGCGAACAGCGUGUCUAUAUAUGUUGUACUCUCACAUGGCACCGAAAUAGAUUAUAAAAGGCUUUUUCUGUCUGUUCCUCUGCUUCAUGCAGGUCCUAAGCAUCAAGUCCUAGCAGCAGCGUGGGCAUUCAUAGGAGGCACAUCCUUCGAAGUCGGUGCAUUUCUCAUGUUUGUCGAGUCGCUUAAUUCUGGACACGAGGUGCUAUACAAAAAGGCUCUGGGGGAUUUUCAAGCAAAGACAAGGACACGAGAAAACAGGAGAGGAAGAAACUUGGUUUAUCAUACGCACUCUCGAUAAAGGAACUGCUCGAACGGGUUUUGCUGAACAUUUUGGCCUCCUGGCUUCGACGAUUCAACUCUGUGCUGCGUCUAUCUUCUGGAUUUCAUCUCUGUCCUCACCGAUCCCAUCCAUUCGCUGGAAAACUGAUGUAACGUGGUCA